AGACAGUAUAUGAGCUCAACGGCGGUGAAUGCUCCAUCACUUAAAAGUGACUCUUCCCAGUAAUGAUUCUCAACUUGGGACACUAAGAUCAUCUUUUUUUCUAUCGUCAAGUUCUCAACACUAGUCAUAUAUCUAACUCUAGAUUCAACAAUGACAGUUUCAUCGUUAGCGGAGUAUGAUCCUGUUGCAUAUGGUGGUCGUUUUCAAAUUCUCCCUAACUCAUUCAGCUUUCAUCGUCAGUAUGCACAGAUUUACACGGCACGUCUAGCUACCGCAAAGCCAGUCUUGACAAUGUUGGCUGAACGCAAGUGGACAACUUCAUCUUCAAAAGGUGCUACAGCUUCUCAUUUCCCUACUCGAGCACUGACUGAUUUGAUUACUGAUGAAAUGUGUGUAAUUAUUGGUACAGUGUUUAAGGAAAUGCGUUUGAAACCAAGUGUGUUGCGUGAUAUUGCAGCAGCGGAAACUGGCAACGUUGCGUCGGAUAAUCAUAUCGCUUCAACAGAUACACAGUUUAUAGUUCGUCUAACAUCCGACGAUGAUUCACUUUUUCUUGAAGAUGAAGUUCAACGUAUUAAUUUGUGUUUCACUAGUCAGAGUUCAAAACUUUGGCCUCAGGCUAAUUUGGUUACGGGUGUUGUGAUAGCAGUCCUUGGUCGUGAACCUGAAUCUCAACCUGGCACUUUCUACGUCGAAGAUAUAAUGUUCCUGGAACCUCAACCUGAGAAGCCUAUCCAAACUCAUGGAGUUCUUCAUGCUGAUGUCAACUCAACCAUCCUUCACAAUUCAGGACCUUGGCUUGGUGUUGUUUGUGGCUUAGGUUUUACAGGUAGUGGUCAAGUUAAACCAGGGCAUGCAAUGGCUCUUCAGUUGCUGGCUGACUGGAUACGUUGUAUGGGAGACUUUGAUGGUUCCGUAGAGUCUCAUACAAAUUCUGGUUUAGUUCGUCUUCUGAUUUUGGGGGACUCAAUUCGGUCUACAGGAUCAACUACAAAUGAGGAUAGCGAUAAGUGCACGCCGGCUAUGCGCCUUACACAACGUGCACGCUACUUAACUCGUAAUGCUGAUGCUGAGACGGUUACUGCUAUGGCUCGUCUAGAUCAGUGGUUAGCCAGUCUUCCUAUUGGACCUGGAUGCAGUACUGAUGGCACAGCUGUUAAUGGUGUUGCUAUAGAUUUGUUGCCGGGACCGUCUGAUCCUACAUCUGUCCUCAUGCCUCAACAGCCUAUUCAUUCAGCUGCAUUGCCUUGUGCUGUUUCUCGUUCUGGUGGUAUUGGAAGUAGAAAUCUUUGUGGUCGUACUAAUCCUUACAGUUGUAUGCUAGGAAGUCGACAUAUUCUUGCUACUUCUGGACAAGGUGUUAAUGAGCUAUACAGAUACACAAAGUUGGAGAAUGGAUGUGAUAGGAUGGAAGCCACCUUACUGUGGGGUCAUCUAGCACCCACGUGCCCUGAUACGUUAGGAGGAUAUCCAAUGAAUAAUAACGAUCCACUUCUUCUCAAACCCUUUUUUUCUACUGCAUCUUCUCGUAACUGUAGUCCCGAUUAUCCUGAUAUAUAUAUUGCUGGUUGUCAACCUAAAGAACGUCCGUCAUGGCGGCGUGCUCGAUUGCACUGGAAUGAAGAAAUAGGCGCAGAUAAUGCUGGUGCUCUUUUAGUGUCUGUACCUCGUUUUGAUUCAUCUUAUUCGAUUGUGCUUAUCAAUUUAAAAUCCCUUGAAUGUCGUGUAGUUCAUUUUGAUAUGAGUUCGUUAGAUGAAGAAAAUAAUUGUUAAAUGUGUCUGCUUGAUAUUUGUACAUUGUAUUUCUUUUCUUCAUGCAUUUUCUCGUAUCCAUAGACAACCUAUGAGUUAACUUUUGUUAAAAGUUUUUCUUCAGGAAAGUGUAUGUGAAAAUGUUACCAUAAAUUCAUCGGGUUGACUUUCUGUUGCCUCCACGAUGUAAUGUCGACGCAUUUGUGAAACACCUGAACUAAACUUUACUCCUCGAUAUCGUCAUAUUCAGAAACUUGUUCCAGGUUAAGUUUAAUAAAAUCAACAAGCAGUUAUUUUCGUAUGAGUAAGUUUCGAUAAAUCUUUUUUUACAAAGGGGGGUCAUGCAGAGUGAAGCUAGGGUUUGAAAUUGAUUUGUAUGAUCGUGUAGCUGAAAGAAAUGCAACUAUAAAGGGAUUUUACCAUUUCUGAAUUGGACUGUUUUUGAAGAUGAAUAUUAUCCCUUUAUGUCAGAAUGAUUCCUCCAAUGCCUAGUCAGCUAUCAGAUCAGUUUCACCUACAGGUGUGAAAAGUUGAAGAUAGGUGCUUUAUUACAUUGUUUUGAUUGGAGUUCCUUUUAAACUCACUGUGUAUACCGGCCUAACUGCAAGUACUUAGCUAGACGUCUUCAGAGAUUAUUGAUAGCCACCUUUACCUCACUGUUUUAAGGCUUCCCGUCGGUUUAAAAAUAGGUUAAAAUAUCCUAAAAUUUAUAAGUAGUAUAAAAUUACAGAAAUCCCAUUUAUUUGUGGGUUUUUCGAUGAGUAAACUGUUUGGGCUAUUGGUUACUAACUAGCAUUGGGGAAAAAUUGCAAUAAUAGAGGUUCAAGUUUUUUCAUGAGACAAAACAACAUGUGACAAAUUCUAAACAAUUCUCAUCAAAAAGCAUAUGGCUGUAUUGAAAAGCAAGUGAACUCAUCAAGGAGAUCAAAUUAGUGGGGACUGAUGCUUAACGGUGUAUGGCUCUUUCUAUCCUAUGAUCGGUCAGAUAAAUAAACUGGACGUUGCGUUUGGACUAAGUGUUGCUCUUCUUUACAUUUGUAUUUAACGUGCACAUAUAUUCAAUAUUCACGGUGUUAUUUUACGUUAACGUUAUUACUAAGUAUUUGUUUCUUUAUCUGUCUGUUGCACUUUUUGAAUUUAACAAAGAAUAAAAGUCAUCUCCUGGUAUUAUUGUGCUUGUUGUGCAUCAUUGUAUUCUAAGUAAAUACGUAUUUUCUUUGUUUUGAAUACAAUCUUUUCAGACGUAAUCGAUCAUUGGUUGGUGUUUUAUUUUGUCUAUUCGUGUGUAAACUGCUAGCUGCACUUCCAGGUGUUUGGUGGAAACUGACUGGGAUUAUACAUGAAAAAUGAUGUAUAUAAAUCAAAAUGAAUUAUUUGACGCACUAAAAUACAGAAAGUUUGCUUUCUGAGUAUUGUUUUUAGCACAACUCAGGUUGGAUUUUGCAGGAAAUAUAAUUCUACGUAAAAUCAUAGGACACAGGAGGCAUUCACGUCUGUAGCUGUCAAGUGCAUUUGUUAUGAC